AUGCCGACGUCAGUGCGGGUAGUUGCAAACAUGGACCUAACAAAGGCAGUUGCCAUUGUUGGUGUAUCGUGUAACUUUCCUGGUGGAGAAGGCGUAGAUAAAUUUUGGGAGACGCUUGUAGAAUCGAAAAAUCAUCUCAGGGUUAUUCCAGAAGAACGUUUCAACAUCAAUGCUUUCUAUGACACUAACAGGGACGCACAGGGAAAAACCUAUACAAAGCAUGCAGCAUUUUUGGACAGUGUGUUUGACUUCGAUAAUCGUCUCUUCAACAUAAACGAGGUAGAAGCUUCACGGUCAGACCCUCAGCACAGAAUUACCCUAGAAUGUGUUUUCAAGGCCUUCGAGGACGGUGGGUUUCCUUUGAUGGAGAUGGAUGGCUCGAACACUGGCGUUUACAUAGGCUCAAUGAAUGAUGACUAUAAAACCGUCCUUGCGGAGUCCUUUGAUGCUGAUAACUAUAUGGCAACUGGAAGUGCGAAAUCUAUCCUUGCGAACAGAGUUUCGUAUACGUUUAACUUGGCGGGUCCAUCCAUGGCUGUAGAUACGGCGUGUUCCUCCUCAAUGGUGGCCAUACACCUAGGUAGGCAGGCAAUAUUGGCAGGAGAAUGUAACAUGGCCGUUUGUGGCGGAACCAAUGUGAUACUGAAUCCGUACAUGUUCGUCAAUCUUGCGAAAGCACGCAUGUCAUCUGAAAAGGGCCAAUGUCACGCUUUCUCUGAAGAAGCUGAUGGAUACAUUCGAGGCGAAGGAUGUGGAAUCGUACUCUUAAAAUCCGUAGAACAGGCUUUGAGAGACAAUGACAAAAUUUGGGGAUAUAUUGGAACCGGGGUGAACUCCGACGGACAUAUGGCAACACCAAUGACUGCCCCCUCUAUGGAGAGACAACAGCAACUGAUGGAGCAAGUCCUUGAUACGACGGACGUUAAUCCCAAGGACAUAGACUACGUUGAAGCACAUGGAACAGGAACUCCAGCAGGGGAUCCAAUAGAAGCAAAAAGUGUUGGACUGAGCAUAGCUACCAAACGUCCGAAAGAAGCUGGUCCUUGUCUUGUUGGGUCGGUCAAAACAAAUAUUGGGCAUACGGAAUCAGCGGCUGGUACGGCGGGUCUUAUAAAAAUUCUUCUUAUGAUGCAACAUAACCAGAUUGCCCCUUCCAUCAUUUUUAAUAGGCAGAACCCAAAAAUUGAUUUCACAGCGCUAAAUAUGCGAUUGCCAACAGAGAUUGAGGUCUGGUCUAAGCAUAAUGACAAACCACGUCUUGCAUCAGUGAACUGUUAUGGAUUUGGAGGAACUAACUCAUUUGCUGUAGUCCAACAACAUAUUCAGUAUGACACGUUUGCUGCUCCGAAUCACCAGAAAACAAUUGUUGUCCUAUCUGCAAACAAUGCCUGGUCCCUAAAGGAAUCCAUAAAAGACUUGUUGGCAGGUCUGGACGCAGAUGGAGUAAAACUUGAAAAUCUGGCCUAUACUUCUACAGCCAGACGAACACACUACGAUAAAAGGAUAGCUAUCGUGGGGGCGGACAAAGAAGAAAUCAAGAAGGGACUAGAAAUUCAGUUGGACAACAUUGAUACCAAACAAAAGCGACAGGAGAAGCUCAGAACAAUAUUCGUAUUCUGCGGGAUGGGAACCCAUUGGCUUAGCAUGGGAAUUGAAAUGCUUACGAACCACGUAAACAGUGUAUUUACACAAACUUUGACUAGCGUUGAUGAACAGAUUUCUAAAAGCGAGCGAUGGUCAUUGAUCGACAAACUGAAGACAAAAAGUGACUUGGCCGACCCUUCCAUUGGUCAACCAGCGAUAUUUGCUAUCCAAGUGUCUCUUGCACGACAAUGGAUUGAGUGGGGAAUAAAACCAUCUUGCAUUGUAGGUCACUCCGUGGGAGAAGUAGCAGCAUGUUGUAUUGCAGGGAAACUGUCUCUAGAAGCCGCCACCAAUGUAAUAGUAGCACGUGGAAAGUGUGUCCAGGAAGCAAAUGGGGGAAGCAUGCUCGUUGUUAGUAACUAUGACUACACAAGCAUUAAAGAAGUAGCUGCCAAAUUCAACACAGAGAUUGCUGCAAUAAAUAGCCCAACGUCAUGUACAUUAUCCGGAUCAAAAGAAAACAUUUCAGCACUAAAGAGUCAUCUGAACAAUGUAAAACAAGACAAUGGUAUCAACAUAUUCUUACGUGAACUAGAUGUGUCGGUGGCAUAUCAUAGUAAGUUCAUGGAUCCUAUCCUCGAUAAACUGAAAAAUCAGCUCAACCUGAUCGAUUUAGCUCCUGCACCAAGUGAUCACCCUAGAUGUAAUCUCAUAUCUACGGUUUCGGGAAAAGCUGCAUCGGAAAAUGAUUAUACUACACCUGGGUAUUGGUUACGAAAUGUCCGCCAGACUGUGCUUUUCAGGGAUGCAAUGGAUGCAGUAUUAGAUGUAUCCGACUAUAACGUGAUCCUAGAAAUUGGACCAAGACCAGCAUUGAGAACAAAUAUCAAAGACAUCACCGGUAAAUCAUCUCACAUAAUCUUGCCUUCAUUUAAACCAAAUGAAGAAUGGUCAUGCCUCCUGACAUCUCUUGGACGAUUGUACGAACUUGGCUUUGGCAUAAACUGGAAGAAGGUCCACCCUGUGCAGUGUACGCCUAUUCCUUUCCCAAGGUAUCAUUUCAAAAGAAACUAUCUCAAGUACUAUCCUGAAGAGGCCGACGUGCGAUACAGAACUGGUGAAAAUGGAACAAUUGGCAACUUACAAGCUCAUCCAUUCAUAACAGGUGGUAUGAAUGAAGGACACUUUGUGUGUAGUGUCAAACGAGACACGAUGCCAUUUGUAUUCGAUCAUAAAUCAUCAAACAGGAUUCUGGUCCCUGGAGCAACAUAUGUAGAACUUGGAAUGAGUUGUUCCGUAAUGUGUGACAGGCGACUGGCUGUGUCAGAACGUAUAUCAACUUCAGUAAGGUUUGUCAGCCCAUGUACGCUAGAUGGCGACGUUGCGACUAGGAAGCUAGACAUCUGCAUAACAUCAAAGAAAGGCAAUAAUAUGGAGUUCACAGUUAGUUCAGAAAAAUCUACACAUGCGAUCGGUUCAACAACAUUCCAUGACAGUUACACGGGUGAAACAGAUAUUGACGUCAAACAGAUAGGGGCCAGAUGCCCAAAUGAAUAUGAUGCGAGUGCCAUGUAUGAACAAUUAGAAAAGUUCAAGUUUACAUAUGGCCCUAGUCUGCAAGGAAUACAAAACUACAAAACUAACGGCAAAGAGUGGCUGUUGAAGUUCUCAACACCGGAACCUAUCGUCAAUGAAAAAGACAGGAUGCUUAUCCACCCCUCUGUCCUUGAUAACAUCCUACAAGCUCUUGUACUUGUUCCACAAGAUGGCACUGUAGCAUUUCCAUUUGAAAUUGGCAAAUUAACAGUGCGAAAGCCUAUACCUUCUGAUGCUCUUAUCUACAUACGGUCAGAGUCAACUAAAAAGGAUCGUGUUGUUUGUCAUGCAGCCCUGUUGACUGAAACUGGUGAAGUGAUUGUUGAAUGCAAGAAUACCGUGCUGAAGUUGCUUACAGGAGAAAAGUUCUCGUAUCAACCUGACGUCUCGUAUAGUAUACAAUGGGAAAGGGUGCCGGAUCGCAGCCAUUCAGAAAAUAUUGCAAACUCAAAGAAAUGCCUCAUUCUGGAAGAUGCGACGGGGCUUAUGAAGAAGCUGAGACCUUUCAUUAAUGCAGAAUCAACAUUUAUCGCCCCUCCUGCUGUGGACUCUUACAAUGAUUUCAUAAGAAGUGAGCGCUCAUUAGAAAACAUACUGAAAUGCCACACCAACAACUUGACCCAAUACGACUUAGUCAUCUUUGCCUGGGGAGUACCUGAAGUAAAAUACAACAAUGUCAAGGCUCGGACAGAUCAAGUUGAGACGCCAAUUCUGUUUGCAUGUUCAGCAUUAAGGCAGCUCGUCCAAUGCCUUUAUAAGACAUCCUCUGACACGCCUUUGUACGUUGUUACAAAAAAUUCACAGAUGUACCAAAAUGAUGACGAACCUAUCGAUCUUUGUGGUGCAUCGAUUCUGGCGAUGACUAGAGCACUUGGCAGAGAACGAGUGUUUCAACACUUGUUCCAGAUUGACUUCUCAACCGGUUCAAGUUUAGAAAUUGAGAGCUUUGUGCGUUAUCUAUACAAACCCCCAGACCAAUCUGAAUUGGCAUAUCGAGGCGAUGAUGUGUAUACAAACCAAAUCAAACCAUACUUAGGUCGUCCUGAUGACCAUCGAUUACCCAUCUCAGAUAUCAACAAAGCCAAUGCAGUCCUUGUGUCCACAGACCCAACGAAAAUUGCUAACCCAUCUCUCCUGAUCAAGAAUCAUGACAAUCCAACCACUAUUAGCAAGUCAGAAUGUCUUGUACAUAUCGAGUCAUUUCGAGUUUGUAGAAAUGGGUUAUUUCGGCCUGAUGUAAAUGAUGACCUUAAUGUCAAUGUGUCAGAGCCGUGGAUGACUACCUCUCACAAAAACAGCUUUUCUGUAAGUUCGAUUGAUUUCAUCGGCCAUGUUAAGAAACCAAAAGGAGACCAACACGAGAGGGUCCUCGUCUGUUACCCACAUGUGGUUCAGAGAACUAUGGUUAUUCCCCGAAAAUGUGUUAUUCCUCUGAACAACGUUCCAUUCAUUACAAACUCGCUUUGUUUGUCUCUUUACGUUAUCAGCUGGAAAAUCAUUAAACAUCUAAAUACAAAGCAGUUGAAAACAAAAAAAAGUUCAAAAAUCUACAUAUCUGGAUUCGAGCAACAUCAAGACUUAGACCAUAUUCUGAGGAGUCUUCUCAAAGCAUCCAACAUCUACAUUGUAAGAGCGAUCGAAGAGGCAAGUCAUGUCAUCAUUCUUACUGAUGGCCAACUCCCAAUGGCUGAAAUCAAGAAUAUUCAAAAGGCAAAAUCUUUGAAACAAGUCAUCAUCGUUGAAACAAUAAAUGGAAGCAAAAGCAGCAACAUUGUUUGUCAGUCCCUAGGCCACAAAACCGAAAUAUUCGUUUUGCAAACACUAUUGGUGCUUAGUCCGUAUACUUUACAAAAGAACCUCAGCAAAGCCACAGAGUGGAUAAAGUCCCUAAAACCAUCUGAAAAUCAACUUCCGGUCUAUAUUCUUCAAUCCCCGACUGACUUUGAUAGCGUCGAUGACAAUGACACUCAUGGUGGUGGAAUAUGUGUCUGCAAUUUAAUGGAACGAACUGAGAAUAAACUAUUAGGACAGAGUAGGGGUUAUUCCAAUACGAAAUGGGAAAAGUCGUCUCAGAGGAUAUAUCAAAGUCAAGAUAGCUUCAAUGAAGAGAGACAACCAGUCAGUCGUCUCAGAAAAGCCAGAUCGAUGCAGCAGUUGAAACGAACUAGGGAUGCAAAUCAUCAAGAAUUUGACAAUCGUGUAAGUCAGUGUUUCCAGAUAUAUGUAGGACAAGAUGAUUUAUUUCGGGCUGAUGCGGCUUACAUUCACGUUGGAGGUACAAGUGGGCUCGGUGCAGAAUUAAUGAAACACAUGGCAAAGAAGGGAGCUGGCUACCAGAUUAGCUUGUCCAGGUCUGCAGGAAAGAAAACAGAGGACAUGGAGAAGAUCGAACGCGAUUUUGGAGUCAAAAUAAUUACCCUCUCAGCAGAUGCCACAAAGUUGGAGACACUCGAAAACGCUGUUCAAGAAUUCCAUAAACUACACCCAGGUAUACCGAUUAAAGGUAUAUUUAAUGGUGCUGUCGUACUAAACGACGGGCCUUUGUCAACUAUGGACGAAGCGAAAUUCCAAGGACCAACAAAGCCGAAAAUACAAGGUUCAUGGAAUCUUCACCUGUUGUCAUUUGGUAUGGAUCUUGAUUUCUUCGUGAUGCAUUCCUCCAUGGCUUCAACCUUUGGAAACCCUGGUCAGAGCAACUACUGCGCAGGCAAUGGUUUCCAAGAUGCAUUGUCACUCUACAGGAGGUAUUACGGGUAUCCUUCACUGACUAUCAAUUGGGGAGCUUUGGAUUUGGGAAUUCUAAAGACUAAUGUACAGGCCCAAAGGGUACUAGAGAAAGAUGGCAUAAAUGUGCUUGAUGCUGAAUGCAUUGUAGAAUGCUUUGACUAUGCCUUAACAGCAAAUCCUGAACAAAUUGCGUUUGUGAACGCCAACUGGAAAGCAAUGUUCAAGUCUAGACUCAUUAUGUUAGCAAAUAUCGGGAACAGAUUUAUAGAUCUGAUGAAAACCCAUUCUCCAGAACAAUACGAGGUGUUUUCGAAAGGUGCUCGAGCCCAGGUCGAAAGAGAUUCAGAGAAUGACGUAACCACUGAGCUAACAGGAGGCGUUCGAGCAAAGUUAAAGAAGUUAUUGGCCAAAUUAGUAAUGACGGAUGAAGAUGAGAUGAACGAUACAACAUCAAUCGUCGAGUAUGGUAUUGACUCUAUUGUAGUAGUGACACUCCAAUCAGAUAUUUCAGCUACAUUUGGAGUUGAUAUUCCUGUCGUCGACCUUCUUAGUGAUACUACCACUAUUUCGCAUCUCGUAAAUAAGUUAGGUGGUGAUUCCGAAGAGGGCGAUGUUGUCUCUGAGAUCAAAGUGCAUCACAAGACGCCUUCUGCUGAUGACCAAAAACAGUUUUCAGAUGAAAACACAGAUGUCAGCUCCUCUAUAGCUACAUCAGACAGUGGAUCAGUCGUUCAUGAGUCCAUGGAGGUUCUAUUUAGUGAUGACAGACCAGUACUUGCAUACAAGAACAAGAAACAUCAUAGUAAUGGCAGUUCAUUGGACUCGUCUGAAGCAUCUGAUAGUGGGGUAAGCGUUGAUGAACCCGUAAUGAUUCCGUUUAGAAAUGGCAACGGAAGACCAGCAGUUGCGUACAAUAAUAACCAUAUGGCCAAGAACCUGGACAGAUUAGACGGUGAUUUGGCAAUUUUGGAACAAGGUUCCGUAUUUAACAAGCAUUCUAGACACGGCUUGAAGCGCAAAAAGCAGGUGACUGUGAUGACAGAUUCUGAAUCAUAUGCGAUAACUUGGACUAGUGGUAAAAGUGUUGGGCAAGUCUCGAUGUCAGAACUCAUUUCCGUUAGAUGUAGAACUGGAAAAGGCAUCCAUCUAUUGGACCUAGAAACGACGAGAAGAACAAUUACAUUUUUUACCACAUCAAGAGAUAAAGUUAACAAAUGGUACAAAGGACUUAAUCGGCUUCUCGAAAUAAAAACAGACGAAUGUGAACACUGGCAUAUGGGAUCACAAUGUCUAUAUUGGUAA